UUCUAGGUGUUGGCGCUCACGGUGGGCGUAGCGGUGGCGGAUGUUGGUCUUGGCUACCAAUACCAACCACCGGUAAAUCGCUUCAGUGCUUCAUCUUCUCAAGUCAACAAUUAUAACAAACUCUACUCAGCGGGCUCAAACCCAACUCUAUCAUCCUUCGGCGGCGGCUCAAAUUUAAAUACUGGAAAUCUAGGACAAAGUUCUACUGCAAACUUCGGACAAGGCUCGACUGUAUUCCGUCAACAAUCAAGUAUACCCUCCACGAUCUACAGUCAAAGCUCUAAAGGAGUUGCUAGCUCAUUUGGUCAGAGCUCUGGUGGAUCUUCUGGAUCUGUUGGACAAGGACUAGGUUCUACGUCAUUUGGACUAGGAUCAAGCGGCUCUAUUGGAUCUUUUGGAGGAGCAAGCCUACCUGCUUCAUCUUUUGGUCAAGGUUCUCAGCAAGUCACCAACACUUUUGAACAAAGCUCGACAUCUGGACUAGGACAAACUUCAAUUGUAUCACCUGUGUUCACCGGACAAAGUUUAGGUGGCAAUAAUGGGUAUUAUAAUAAUGGAUUUAGCUCAAGCGGCUUAUCAUCAAAAUUCGGUGUAGGUUCUGGCUCUGGUUAUAACGUAGUCAGCCCAUCAGUUUUAAGCACUAAAUAUGUAACUGGAUCUACAGGUUCUAAUUCUAACUACAACACUUUUGGUUCUAACGGAGGAGUUGGAUCUGGAUUUGGCGUAUCUGGUAGUGGAACUGGUUCUGGUUCAAAUUACAACACCGCUGGUUCAACAGGGUCAAAUUCAAAUUAUUAUGUCCAGCAACCAUCCAGUUUUGGAUCCAAUUCAAACUACAACACAGUUGGAAGUGGAUUGAAUUAUAAUGUACAAAAUCAACAAGGUGUGUAUCCAGGGUCUAGUUUUGGACAAAACCAAGGAACAUAUCAGACUACGUUGGAUACUAGUGGCUUAGAUAAUAUAGGAAAUUACUACCAAUCUGCUAGUGCUGCUAACCAAUUCAUUUCAUCAAAUCAGUAUCAAAACGGUGCUGUCCAGAAUUACCAAGAGUACUACAAUCAAAUACAACAACAACCAGCCCAAGUAUUUAAACACUAUUAUGUACAUGCCGCGCCAGAAGAUGUCGAGCCUCCUAAACCACGACCACAGAUAAUUCUACCGCCACCGCAAAAACACUAUAAGAUCAUCUUUAUCAAAGCCCCGACUCAGCAACCUUCUGUGCCUCAGGUCAUUCCAGUUUCACAGCAAAAUGAAGAAAAGACGAUUGUAUAUGUUCUCGUCAAGAAACCAGAAGAUGCAAAGAAUGUUGUACUUCCUAAACUGGAACCCAAAGCACCAACGAAACCUGAUGUUUUCUUCAUCAAAUACAAUGAUAAACAAGAUUCUCAAUAUCUAAUUGACAAUAUUGUUAGCGAUUACAACAAAGGAGGAAUAUCAGCUUCUUUCUCAGGUGUUUCUGGUGGUGUUCCAGGAUCUUUCGGUUCGGGUUAUAAGACCGGCAGUUCAUUAGCUUCUUCGGUUAAUGGCAACCCUAUCAAAAAUUCUGGUCUAACUGCUGGAUCUGUUUUUGGUAGCAGUUCAAACAUCGGCAACUCUUUUGGAACUUCACUAGGUGGAAUAUCUUCAACCACUCCUAGCAGCAUAUUGUCACCUACUAAAUUUACUUCAGUGUUUGACAAUCGCUUUGGAUCAACAUCUGAAGAUAGCGUUAAUUCAGGUAGCAUAGACAGCAGUAGCUCUUUGACGACAGGUAGCUCGUUUGCAAAGCCUAGUAGCACCUUAUCAUCUAGUAAUAGUUACACUACCGGUAACACACUUAACACAAAGCCCAGUGUUUCUUUCGGUACAGUCUCGGGCAGUAGUUUAGGUUCAAAACCUAGCUUUGUAUCAAGCUCUGGUUCCAGCGGCGUGUAUUCAUCCGGAAGUAGCUCUGGAUCUAACACCGGUGCUUCAAUUACUAAACCAACCGGCACCUUACUAUCUACAGUACCUAAUACUUUUAGUUCUGGUAAUAGACUAGUAACUGGUACCAGUUUUGGUUCAGGCUCUAGUACUCCUACCUAUAAUACUGGUAGUUCUACUUUAGGUUCUGGAUUAUCUUCUUCUAACUCUCAAUUAUUUAGUAGCAGCGUAACGUCUGGUAGCUCUGGUUCUAAGCCUAUUGGUAACACUGUAUUAAGUUCUGGUAGCUUUCCUACUACAACUGUAAGCUCUACCUUUGGUUCUGUGCCCAACACCUUAAGCUCUUCCAACAAUUUCGGCAGUGGAUCCAGUGGUUUUGGAUCUAGUUCUAGAUAUGGCAACACAGUAUCCUCAGGAAGCAGUGGUUCUUCCUUUAACAAGGCCACGACUAGUGACGUUUAUGUGUCCAAGCCUAGCAGUAUUAUUAGUCCAAGCUCUUCUCAAUUUGGAUCUGGUAGUAGCUUAUCAUCUGGAUUUGAAAGCAAAGGAAGCAGUUUUUCGUCUGGUAGCGGGUUAGGUUCUAGCUCUUUGGGUUCAAACGCUGGUAGCGGCUUAUAUUCUAGCAGCACCUAUAAGCCAACAUCAACUAUUAUAAGUGGUAGCAACUUAGUAAAUAAGCCAAGUACCACAGGUUUCAGUACUUCGGGUGUUGGCUUACCAAAUUCUGGCUUUUCUAGCGGUACCGGAAGCAGUCAAACUACUGGUAGCUCCAGCUCUGGUUCAAAUAGCUUUAGUUCUGGCACAACUUUCGGUUCCAGCUCCACUAAUGUUGGUGCGGGUUCUAACAAAUUCGGUUCAGGUGCCUUAGAUUCAGGUAACUCAAAUUCUGAAUCUACUUUUGAAACAACUCUCGUUUCCACUAGUCAGGGUGUUCCCCACGAAACUUAUGGAACACCCACAUUUAAAGUAUAGUAGCUUUUA